AUGCUGCGAAAAUUGAAAGCGCAGGUGACCCAGGUGGCAAAUGAGCAACCGAUGACCUCAAUGGAAAACCCUAAUUUUUUGCUAAAUGACGAGCCAGCUUCAACUAGAAGAGCUUCAAACACCUCAUCUGGACCCGCUUUUGCAUCAAAAGAAGAUGAAGUCGAUGAACUCCGACAUCAGAUCCGAGAUGAAAAGAAUUUCUCAACAGAGCUCAAAAAGGAAUUGGAUCGAUUACACGCCGUUUUCUCCCAAUCCCAAGACGUUCCAAAAGAGGAGGUCCCGUAUUUGAUGCAGCAGAUUCAAAUGUUGGAAGCUGGGAAGAGUAUGGUAACCCAACGGAUGUUGGAACUCGAGAAAGAGGGUGGCACGCUGAAGCGCCAAGCCGAGAGCGCCUUUCAAGACAAGAAGGAGGUGAUGGACAGGCUGAAGGCGUUGACGCAGAAAGUACGCACGUUGACGGAGGACAACGAGGAGAAGAAGACCGAAAAUGCUGUAAUGUGCGACGAACUGCUCAGAGUCAAGUCAGCGAUGGCAGAUUUGGAAAAAGAAAUGGACAAGUUGAGCCAAACACUGGAUGAAAGGCCAUCCGAGGACGAUGUGGCAGUUCUGAGGAAAGAACUAGUCCGCGCCCAGCAGCUGAUGGAUGAUAUAACCCUACAAAAAGAUGCUGAGAUUCAAAAACAAAUCGAAGACCUGCAUUCAUUGACUUCUGAACGUGAUAAAUUAAAAUUUGUGGUCGGCGAGAUGGAACGCCAAAUACGUGAACAAGGAGAAGGAAGCUCAAAAGCCUCCGAACAGCUGUCAGGAUUGUCGGAAAAGGCGGCAACUACCGCAAAAGAUUUGGAGGCCGCGAAGCGGGAACUGGAAGAAGUUAGGCAACAAUUGAAAAACAAAACAAAUGAAGCUGCAGCAGUUUCAGAAAAAGCGGCAACAUUGGAAGCAGAUUUGUCGGCGAGAAAUGACAAAAUCCGCCAGCUAGAAGAAGAGCUCCACACGGGAAAAUCGAGCAUCGAGGGCUCUAAUGAGAUUCUGGUGAAGAAGGAACAGAAAUUGCUAGAAGCACAGCAGACUCUGAAUCAGGCAAAUGAAACACAAAAAUCACUUGAAGCGAAGAUUCAAGAACUAGAAGGCCAACUUGAUGCAGAAAAACAAGCAGCAAAGAGGUUGACUUCUGAGAAGAACGAGCUCGAUGAAAAGGUAGCCGCAUUAGUUGGAAAACUCACAGCAGAAGGAGAGCAGCUCAAGAACAAGGAUUCUCAUGCGCAAGCCCAAGAAUCGAAGCUCCAGCAACUUGGCGAUGCAAAUGAAGAGCUGACAAGGACGGUGGCAAAGAAAGACGAAGCUAUUAAGGAGCUGAGACUUCAAUUAGAAACGCAAACCAAAGAAAUUGCAACUCUAAAGGACAACGCCAGCGAUCUUCUGUCCAAAAUAUCGGAAGGAGAAGGAGGUGCCAAAAUGGCCAUAGAUCAGCUUAAUGAGGAAAAGAAGAAAUUGCUGGAGGAUAUCACACUUUUGGGUGAAUCCCUAAAGGAGCAAAAAUCAGAAGCCGAGGAACAAACUGAAAACUUGAAAAAGGAGCUGAAGCACAAAGAAAGAGAUCACGUUGAGGAGAUCAAAAAGCGAAGCCAAGCGCAUGAAGCUUUGAGCUCGCAACUCAACAUUCUUAAUGAAGAAUUAGUCAAAAAGUCGAACCAGUUCGAGGAGAUUGAGAAAGAGCGCGAGGAGGAGAGGCAGAAAAAUGCUGCUCACUUUGCGAAGCUAAAGGAAGCCAUCGUUGCAAGAGACGGAAGUCUAACUGCCGCAAAUGGGCAGAUUGAAGAGCUGACCUCUCAAGUUGCGGCACUCCAAAAGCGUGUCGAAGAGAAAGACAAAGCUCUGGUAGAUUCGAAAAAUCAGAUCGAACACAGUUUGGAUACCGUAAAACUGGCGGAAGAGAAAGCGAAACAGAUGGCCGAACUCCUUCGAAAUGUCGAAAACGAAAGAAGCCAGAUCCGAGACGAAUUGGACUCGACAAGAAAAGAAAACGAAAUUCUGCAACAGAAUCUGAAUGCCUUGACAAGCGAUUUGGCUGAAAAACAAAAACACUUCUCGUCGAAGGUUUCAAUGCUCGAAGGACAGUUGGAAGAGAAUCUGCGAACUAAUGAUGAAAUGCUUCAAGUCAAUCGAGAAUUGACACAUGCCAAAGAGAAACUGGAAAAGGAAAAGGCGGCUGUUGAGGCAAAACUGAACCUGGAGUCGGCACAGUCAGAAGAAACUAGCGGAAAGCUAUCCCAACUAUCACUGGAAUUAGAAAUGGAGCGGAGUGCUAGGUCGACAGCUGAGGAAAAUGCAAAACAGAAGGAAAUUGAACUUGCCGACCUGCAUAGGCAAAUAGAAGAGUCAUCGGAACGCGAAAAAUUGGACCAAACCCGGGUGCGAGAAUUGGAAGAAGAGAAACUAUCGAUAAUGCGUAACGCCGAAGAGCAGUUCCAGGAUGAUUGCAAGAGAAUCAAAGAAUAUGAAGAGAAAGUGAAAUCUUAUGAUGCAGAAUUUACAAAACUGUCUGAAGAGUUGAACGAGAGGGAAGAGAAAAUCGAGAGCUUAAACAAAGCGACAUCCCGGCUUGAGACUGUAAUUGCGCAAAAAGACGAAGAAAUCCUAGAAGUAGGCGAUCGCCUUAAGCAAUUCGAGGGCACACUGGCCCAGGAAUUGGCCAGUUUUGAGCAACGUGAAUCCAUCGUUAGUGGCAAGGUGAUUGAGCUGGAGAAUCAGUUGGAUGCUGCUAAUUUGACUGAGGGAAAGCUUCGCUCAGAAUUAGCAACCAACCAAAAAGAGAUGGACCAUAUGAAAGACCAAAAUUCGAAACAAACGAAACAGAUUGCCAAGUUACAAGAAGCCUAUGAAUCUGUGAAUAAACAAUUGGUGGAAGAACGCAUUGAAGCUACAGCCAAAUAUAAUGAAAAGCAAGAGGAAAUGGUCGCCCUCCAACAUCAACUAGAUCUCGCAAAUGAAUCUCUUCUGGCUCUUCAAGACAAGUCUGCGUCUGAACUAUCGGCUAGCGAACGAAAAGUGGAGAGUCUGCUGUCCGAGAUCUCCACCAAACAGUCGGAAAUUGAUGGUGUCGAGAGGACACUUACGGAAUUAGGUGGAAAGAAUGCAGAACUUCUCCAACAAGUCGCCUCAUGGGAAGAUGAGAAAAAAGCGCUGAUCGAGCGCUGCCUGAACACCGAAUCGGACCUCGAUUUCGAGAGGGAGCGAGCGCUGGAAAAUAAGAGACGCUUUGAUGAUGCCCUCGGGGCGAUGCAUGAACUCGGGAGAGCAAAUCAAUCGCUACAGAUGGACAUGUCGAAGCAGCUAUCCCGGAAGUGGCUCGACGACAACGAAGCUGUCAACUGUACGACUUGCGGAAAAGGAUUUUCCUUGACCGUUCGGAAGCACCAUUGCAGGGUUUGCGGCCUAAUCUUCUGCGGCACCUGCUCCAACCACACAGUCAAGCUGGCCAGCCAUAAAAACCCGGUCCGAGCCUGUGAAACUUGUUAUCAAGAGGUGCUUUCUCGC